AUGACGUUACCAAGUUACUGGGGGUAUGCAGUUUACAUGGUUGACUCUCGACGUAAUCUUGUACGGAAUAAUGGUCUCCAAUUGCCUUCAGAGCCGCACACAUACACACAGAUGAAAUGCGAUGCAGGUGGGCUUUUGACAAGGAUUCAAAAUGCAGCUCCAGUGCCGGAAAAGGACACAACACGAAUAAUGAUCAACCAAAACAGUACGCAACCAACACAAAUUCUCCCUGGUUCAAACGGAGACAGCAAUGAAGAAACAACUAACGAUAUCACCAACGGCAGUAAAAUAUUAUCCUCGGAUUUGCAAUUAAACAAUGAAGAAACGCAACGAACUGUAAAAGAUAACAUCGAUAAACUUCCGAACACACUGAUUGAAAAGAAAAACCGAAACGAAAAUGACCAAGCAAUAACAGAUGACGUUUUGUUUCCGUAUAACAAAUAUAGCAGGUUUGCUAUGGAAUGGAAAGGUAUUGUGGAGGAGUAUGAAUGGGUGUACAGUAAUUUGAAACGCGACAAACACAAAAACACAAAACCUAUUGUUCUUGGCAAAGAAAACUUUGGUUUAACUUCAACGGUAAAAAGCAGAGUGUCAUUUUAUAAUAAUAACAACAAAUUUAAAAAAGGAGACAAGAUACACAUUGCGGUAGAAACGUACGAUAAAUAUGGUAAUGCAAGACAUAAAGGUGGCGACUUUCUUCAGGCAAUCAUGUCAAACAACAAACUUGUUAAAAGCACAGCGGGACGUGUAUUUGACUAUGGGAAUGGGACGUAUUCUGUGUACUUCUAUGCUGCAUGGGCUGGAGAAGCAAAUAUUGUCGUUCUUAUGCCAUUUACACGAGAGUUAAUACUGUAUAUAAACAAAGUAGUAAGACAAAAAGAUCGGCGUGCAGCAUCGGAUGGUGAUUUUGGAAAUGGAAUCCAGACAGAAAGAGGUAUUUGCUCCUUACUUCAUGAUGGUCCAUGGGAAAAUAUGUGUACUUAUGAAAAUAAGAACUCCCUUGGUGAGACAGUGUUGAUUUGUGACAAACCUCAUAAUCCAUUGUCGUGUAAAGAUCUCGUGAAUGUUACUACGGGUAUCAAACAGUUGAAUAAGAUAGCAUCUGAAGAGAUACUUGGUGCCAGCGAUUUAUUCAAAGAUAAACAAGACAACAAGUUUGCCGCCACGCCAUUGAAGAUCAACAUACAGGAUGCCAAUCCAGAGAUCCUAAAACUACCAGCAUGUGGUCCAGACAUGGCUAUUCCUGUAUUUGACGGUUAUUGGACAGACAAUGAUACAUACGUGUCCAUGGUUUGUAGAAGUCAGCAAUGGACGCAGUCGCAGAUUCAACAGUGUAUUUCCAGGAAAUUAAUAUUCAAGAUGGCCGGCGAUUCCACACUCAGUCAACUAAGUUGGGCACUUAAUAAUCGCCCAGGUGCCCUCAGAGCAUGGACGCAUGGUAGUGAAUGCGUAGGAAAUGCUCUACGAAUAGGACCGCAAUCACAUUAUGUGUGGAACUACACUUUCGAGAGCGAGUUUCUCGACAAAAUUGAUUCUGACUUUUGUAGUAAUAACUAUGUUGUUGUUGUAUUUAAUCUCAUGUUUCACUAUGCAACGUGGUCGAUAAGGUCUUAUGUAGACAGGCUUAUGGUAACUAAAUUAGCAUUAGAACGAUUUUUUAAAAGGUGUCCUACCGCUAAGGUUUUCUUUAAAUCUGCUCAUGCAAGAGACAACAUAAAUAAUUUGCAAAACUUACAUAGCGGCAAUUUUAUAUUUUACGAUUAUGAUCGCAUGAUACGCCGUGUUUUUGGUGGGAUGGGAGUUCACUUUCUGGGUGUUUGGGACAUGGCAUUAUCUCAUUUCUCGAAACCUGACGUGCAUAUGGAUAUGAAAGUAAUAUUGCAGGAAGCACACUUACUCUUAUCCUAUGUAUGUCCAGAUCUAGUCGAAUAA